UGAAACAGAAAAAGAUGAAAGGCAAAGGAGAGUGGAGGGGAGGAAGACAGAGAGAGAGAAUCGUCUGUCUUGUAGCGUCUCUGAUAUUUUAAAGACGUUAUCUCUUUGCAUUACACAUAGCGGCAUGUUAUCUGUCAAGUGCCCUGCAAAUUACAUGAUCGUGGGACAAAGACACUCUGCGUGUGGGUUCAAGUGGAGAGCAAAAGGUGCUGGUGUUGAAUCUACUGAGAAGUGGAAACGUGACAGCCUUUACAUUGACAAACGUGGGAAAUUCAGAAACUUCAAUCAUAAAAAGGUUUUGAGAAAAAAAGGUGGUUCAUUGAGGGGCCAAGGAUGGAAAUAUGGAUCUGGAUUUGUUGAUGGAAUUUUCCCAGUCUUGAGCCCCAUUGCUCAAGAGAUUCUCAACUUUCUGCACAAGGAAGUCGACGUAAGUAGAAUAUGGUCUUCCUUGGACAAUUUGCCUCCCACCAACACUACUUGGGAUGACUUAAUCAGUAUAGCAGUUUGUCUUCGUCUCAAAAAAAAAUGGGAUCCAAUCAUAGUGACGUGUGAAUGGAUAUUGCAAAGGAGCUCCUUCAAGCCUGACAUAAUUUGCUACAAUCUACUUAUAGAGGCUUAUGGACAUAAACUACGUUCCAAGAAGGCAGAAUCCACUUAUUUAGAACUCCUUGAAGCUAGAUGCAUUCCGACUCAGGAUACUUAUGCACUUCUUCUAAAAGCAUACUGCAAAUGUGGUUUGCUGGAGCACGCAGAAGCUGUCUUUGCCGAGAUGCGAAAAAAUGCCUUUCAUCCUAGCGCCAUUGUAUAUAAUGCUUAUAUCGAUGGGCUAUUGAAACGAAGAGAUUCUGAACAUGCUCUUGCUAUCUUCCAAAGGAUGAAGCGAGAGAACUGCGAGCCAACCACUGAGACUUACACACUGAUCAUCAAUUUGUAUGGGAAGCAAAACAAAUCUUAUAUGGCCUUAGAGGUGUUUCGUGAGAUGAAGAGUAGAAAGUGUAAACCGAAUAUUUGCACUUACACUGCGCUGGUGAAUGCCUGUGCAAGGGACGGACUUUGUGAAAAGGCAGAAGAGAUUUUUGAACAAUUGCAGGAAGCAGGGCACGAGCCUGAUGUGUAUGCUUAUAAUGCCCUCAUGGAAGCUUACAGCCGAGCUGGUUUUCCUUAUGGUGCUGCAGAAAUAUUUUCCCUCAUGCAACAUAUGGGAUGCGAACCAGACAGAGCCUCAUAUAACAUAAUGUUGGAUGCUUAUGGGAGAGCCGGUCUUCAUCAAGGUGCGCAAGCUGUGUUUGAUGAGAUGAAGCGUCUUGGAAUAGAACCAACCGUGAAAUCGCACAUGUUGCUUAUAUCAGCCUAUUCAAGAAUGGGCAACGUGCUAAAAUGUGAGGAACUCGUGAACCAGAUGCAAGAAUCAGGGAUCGAGCCGGAUACUUUUGUUCUCAAUGCUAUGCUGAACUUGUAUGGCCGUCUAGGCCAGUUUGAGAAAAUGGAACAAGUCUUGACCGCAAUGGAAGAGGGAGCAUGCAAAGCCGACAUCAGCACGUAUAACAUCUUGAUCAACACAUACGGACGGGCAGGAUUUGUAGACAAAAUGGAGGAGCUUUUUGUGUCACUUCCCUCCAAGAAUUUGAGAGCGGAUGUUGUGACUUGGACCUCCAGACUGGGAGCCUACUCUAGGAAGAAACAAUAUAAGAGGUGCAUAGAAAUAUUUGAAGAAAUGAUUGAUACUGGUUGUUAUCCAGAUGGAGGAACUGCCAAGGUGCUGCUCUCUUGCUGUUCUAAUGAAGAUCAGAUUGAACAAGUCACAACUGUUAUUAGAACCAUGCACAAAGCUACUCUGCAGUCUUGACAUAUAUAUAUAUAUAUAUAUAUAUUUACAAUUGUCAAUUCCUGGAAUACACGUGGCGAGAUCACAACGGAGGAUGGACUGUUUCCUGGAGGAUCAACAACAGGAGAUCAUAGCCCUCACACCAAAAGUGGGCAACACUCACCAUACACCAACACCAACUCAUGUUGUUUUGCUUUUGCUGACACAUCACCCACCACCAUUCUUAUUUUUUAAUUAAUUUCCAACUACAAUUUUAAUAAUUUGUCUCCUGAGAUGUGGGUAGGUAGGUGAUUUAACUUAAUUGUUGUUGCCCACCAAUACCAUCUCUAAGUAUAUGCACUAGUCACAAUUACAUGAUGCCCUCUUACAUACAACAAAAUUUACUUCUACUUCCCAAACAUUUCAUUUCCACCUAACCCUGAAAACCAUAUCAU